UUGAUGCUGUCACCUGUCAUUCGCUGUCAUAUGUCAAAUUUCUCCAAAAAUGACGUGUAAUAACAAACUCGAAAUCGUAAAAUUCCUCGUCGUUGUGUGAGUGUGCCCCUUUCAGUCUUUCGUUCUCGUGCCCAGUUCGCAACUUUGUUUCAUAUUUGCCAAAAUGUCAAAGUCUUUGACCUAACCUAGUUUUCAUAACAGUGGUGAAAUAGAGGCUACAAUAUCGUAUUAUGGCAUCACUAUGGGCCGGUUCGGAUGUGGAUUUGUCCGUUUUGCACCAGUGCAGGAUAGCCGAAAGGUUAGAGUUCAGAUUGGCCUGUUUGCAUAAACAGAAAAUCGCUGAUUCUGAUACGAAAUGCGAAGGGGAAAUUCACAAAUUCAGACAGCGCAGGAGACGGUCAGGCACUUGGCCGAGAACGAGGUCUCUGAAUGCACCGUCGCCCAUACAACAGUUUGGGCCAUGUGGACGUAUUAUGAAGAAUUCUGCAAUGGUCAUGACCAUCCAGGAUCCGGCAAGUCAAAGGUUGACGUGGUACAAACCGCCACUUACUGUCCUAGUGAUAAAAAAAGUGAGGGAUGCAUCGGUUCAUUUGCCGUUUGUGCAGUUGGUUCAAUGGCUCAUAGAGGAAAAGCGAAUGCUUGUUUUUGUGGAGGCCGCCGUUCUCGACGACCCUCUCCUCGACCAAUACAGCUCUUUUGCCACCGUCAAAGACAAACUGAUGACUUUCCGCGACGGCAAAGACGAUCUCACCGACAAAAUCGACUUCAUUAUCUGUCUUGGCGGUGACGGCACCCUCCUCUACGCCAGCCACCUUUUCCAGCAGUCUGUACCCCCAGUCAUGGCUUUCCAUCUUGGUUCGUUGGGUUUUCUCACACCUUUCCGAUUCGACAAUUUUCAAGAGCAAGUUAACAACGUCCUCGAGGGCAACGCCGCUUUGACGCUUCGAAGUCGGUUGCGAUGUAUUGUGAUGCGAAAGGGCGACGACGAGAAGAAGACGACCAAACAGCCGACGAAUCUCCUGGUACUCAACGAAGUGGUCGUCGAUCGAGGACCGUCGCCUUAUCUCUCAAAUAUAGAUCUUUUUCUCGAUGGGAAAUUGAUCACUUCAGUGCAGGGGGACGGGCUUAUCGUGAGCACGCCCACGGGAAGUACAGCCUAUGCUGUGGCGGCGGGCGCAUCGAUGAUUCAUCCCAGCGUUCCUGCAAUCAUGGUCACGCCCAUUUGUCCCCAUUCGCUGAGUUUCCGACCAAUUGUGGUGCCGGCAGGGGUGGAGUUGAAGAUAACACCUAAUGCUGAAGCCAGAUGUUCGUCGUACGUCUGUUUCGACGGCCGACAUCAUCAGGAACUAAAACCUGGCGAUAGUUUGCGUGUGACAACGUCGAUCUAUCCGGUGCCGAGUAUUUGCGCACAAGACCAGAUUUCCGAUUGGUUCGAUUCAUUGGCUGAAUGUCUGCAUUGGAACGUGAGGAAAAGACAAAAACAUUUGGACGAAUUGACGGAUUUGACGCACUCUAGUUCAAAUGAUACAUUGGAUUCAUUGGAACACGCGGAAUUGAUUGAGAAGGAUAGCUAGGGCGUUUUUUUUUAAAUAUUUUUUUGAGCAAUAUUGGUUUGUGGUUAGGCAACUGAUCGGGAUUGGCUGGAAAGUCAACUAGAUCUAGAAUGUCUCUCUUUUCAAAAUGAAAUCGUGAUAAAUUUGUUAGUUUAUAUUUUUGUAUUUUUUAAAGCUCAGGUUAGGGUACUUGGUACUUAGUUUUUAAACGUUUUUUACUGUUACCGUGUUUGUGUUUAAUGUACAUAAUAGUGCACAUCGAAUAGGACCAAUUGAGUGUGCCAAUCUUAUUUAUUUUAUAUUUAUAGCACAUUUCACAAGUUUUCAUAAAGAAUAUUGUUGGGAUAGUAAACAACUGGUUGCAAUUUUUCAA